GGAGACACAGGGUGGGGUCAGCGCGGGGAGAGGCGGAGGAGGAAAAGGCAGCUAGAGCCAGCCCAGCCCUGAAUUCACGGCAACAACACGAAGACGAAGAGAGCUACCCACUAACUGCCUGUGUGCGCGUUUUAAGGGGCGCAUUUGUCGAUUUUGGUUGAAGAAUCACGUGCUUGUUUUCGACGAUAUGAAUUGAUUAUAUUAAAAUUAGGGGUUAGAGCCUAUCCGCUGAAUGCAAAGGUGGAAAACUAGCCCCUAUUUUAAGGUACGGUGCAUUUAAGCUACACCCAACGCCUGAACGACCCCCGCCUGCUACUCCACCCUUCGCCUGCACCAAGAUGCACACCGAAACGCGAAGCAAGAAAAGACGGGGCCAGAAGAGGAGAGCCAAUAAUAAAUCAACAAAACCACCACAGGAAACAGUAGCAGACAAACAGGCUGUGACAUCAGCAAACCAGGAAGUGGAGGACAUAACCACGGAACGUGAGGAAGAGGAGGAGCAGCAAGAAAAAGAAGGAGAGGAGACGACGAGGUUGGAAGGAGAGGAGGAGACAAGGGAGCAAGGAAAGGAGACUAGGGAACAAGGUGUGGAGGCUAGGGUGCAGGUUGAGGAGACUCCAGAGAACUUGGAGGGGACAGCACCACGAGUGAAGAUUGAGGAGGAAGACAUGCUGAUCAAACCUGAGCCCGAAGAAGUGGAGUGCACGACGCCGUUCAGCUCAGUGCCCACAGAACUGCAGAUAAAGUUGGAGCCUCUCGUUUUAAAAGCCGAGUCGGUGGAUUCUGUACCUGAAAUCCAGACCGUGGACCAGACGGAGCCCGUGGACCUGUCCCUGAACAAGCCACGCUCGCCCCUCCCCGCAUCCACCUCAAGCCCCGCCCUCAACCCCGUGCCCUCCAUCACACAGCCAGGUCUGACCGCCACGCCCGUCCCAGCCAACGUGCAGUCAAUAGGGUCCAUGGUCCUGUCGCCGGGAUCCAUCUUGGCCACACAGGGGGCAGGGGGGCAGCAGAUCCUCCAUGUGAUCCAUACCAUCCCGUCCGUGAGCAUGCCCAGUAAGGUGGGCCAGCUGCAGACCAUCCCCGUGGUGGUCCAGUCUCUCCCCGUGGUCUACACCGCCAUGCCCUCUGACGGGGUGGCGACUGCAGCCAUAACCGUGCCUCUGAUCGGCAGUGACGGCAGGGCAGAGGGCUCAGUCCGUAUUAAACCCGGUUCGACGUCUCCAGAGAUCCACAGCGACAGUGAUGCAGAGAGUGAGUCCUGUGCAGUCAUCAGCCAGAGCAUUGACCCCAGUGCUGUGAUCGACCUGGACCAGCUGGACCCAGACUCUCCAGACGUGAAGCGGCGCAGGAUCCACAUGUGUGACUACGAGGGCUGCCGAAAAGUCUACACCAAGAGCUCACACCUCAAGGCCCAUCGGAGGAUACACACAGGAGAGAAGCCGUACCAUUGCACAUGGGAGGGCUGCACGUGGCGUUUCGCUCGCUCCGAUGAACUCACGCGACACUUCCGUAAACACACAGGAAUCAAACCGUUCAGGUGCACCGAAUGUGACCGCUCCUUCUCCAGAUCUGACCACCUGUCCCUGCACCGGCGACGCCACGUCAUGAUGUGAACUGUACCACCUUAAACCCUUCACAAACUCUACCCCCAAACCACACAACACUGCAAAAAAUACAACUGUUAAAAUGACUUGAAUUCAUACUUCUAUUUAUACUGUGCAGUUACAUCGCUCUGAGGCUGUUCUGCAUGUGUGUUUAUGGAGGAUUGUUCAGCAGUUACCAUGGUGACAGAACACACACAUAAGCAAACACAGCCGAAUACGUUUUAAGAUUAUCUGAAAACUCAAAAUGUAUUUAAACAACACAUUUUCAGGAGCCUGUGAUCCAUAUGAGCAUUCAAGGCCCUGUUUAUGUGUUUGAUUAUCAACAAAAAAAGGUAGGAGUGACUAACUGAAAAACAGUUGGCUAAUGCUAGCUAGCUUCUGAUUGUAAUGUAAACUGAGAGAGACGUGUUUAACUGUAAAACUCUGCUCUCCUGUUGUUCCAAUUAAGUCAGUUCUUUAUGGUCAGAUUGUGUUAAAACAAAGCUCAGAUUAAAGCUUCAGAUAGAGCAGUGCUUCUAGUUAGCUUCACAUCGAGGGAAUUUUGAUGGCAUCAGCUGCAAAUUAUCAAUAGGAAUGUGAUGUAUAAAGGUACACUAUGUAACUUUUCUGGUGAAGGGUAUGCCACUUGGUUGUAUCCAUGGAGAUGUUAUCUUUUUGCCUGGAAUGUUCCCAGUUCUGGCAUUAGACAUUUACUUCACUGCGGGUGUUUUUCAAAGUAUUUUUUAUGUGACACUCUGAAAAAUAUUUUUAUUGAAAGUGGGUUUCAGUGGCAUCUAUUCACACAUUUCUCCAUGGAAAUAGAUAAGUUGAAUGCUAUACUGUGGAACAUUCCAGGAUUACAAGAUUCCAAAUUUUCCAUGGAGACGAGCAGAAAGGUUACAUAGUGCACUUUUUGAUAGAUGUGGUUGGAUAAAUAUAUGGAUUUAGAUGUAAUUGGACAUUUCUGAGGGAAAAUAUCAUAUAAUUGAGCUACUAAACUGACUCCGCCUCCAUCUGAAAGAAUGACGUCACCAUUUUGAGUAGGUUUGACUAGUUUGUACUGAAUGACUUAUUAGACCAAAGUGUACAUACAUUUUCAAGAUAUUUCAAGAUAUUUUAAGUUUUGGAAAGGGGGAAAGAAAUUUGCACUCUCUAACCCCAUUGGCAGAAAUGAACAGACAAAACAAACAAAACGACUACAAGGCAGAAUAGUGACCUCAACAUUAAAAAAAUCCUGUCAAAUCUGCUGGUAUAAAAUAAAUAUUCAGAAUUCAAGUCAUUUUAACCGAUCCAGAUAUGUAUUUUUCCAGUGCAUGUUGUUGGAGUCACUCAUCUGGAUCAGGACAAAAACAUAAACCCACUUCUCUGCCAAUGUGAAUAAUAAGUGUAAAUGCAAUUCAAAUGUGUAGCUUUUAAUCAAAUAUGUUUUCUAAUGAUGAAUUCUUUUAAAUAUUUAAAUAUCUUGUACAUUCGUUUUACUUUACUUCUCCCUAAUGCUGUUAUUUUAUUCAAAUCAGUAUAACAAUAAUAAGUAAUUCCCUGGGUUUCCUUAGAUUAAAACAAAAAGAAAGUUGUUUUAAUUCUAAGAUGUAAGUUUCUUGCUUGUCUCUAUGGGGAUGUAGUACAGUACAGCAUUAAACGUGUCUAUCUUGCAUUUAUUCAGUCACAACUGUUUUAUUGCAAACAAAUAACUUGAAGCUGCUUGUUUACAUGGAGAUAGAUCUGUUUAAUGCAAUACUGAAGCAAAGCAGCAACAGCAGAACACCAGAAAAACUACAUCGUACACAUUUCAAUUUACUGAAAUCUUUUAUCGUCGUGAUUUUCUGAAAUUUGCAAGUUCUUAUUUUUUGUUCAGAUUUUUUAAAAUGUUACAGAGCUGCACCUUUUAAAUAAGCUCCAUGUUUGAAUUGCAUUGAAAGCUUUUAUGGCAUUGGCAGGAUCAUGUUUUUGUCCCAAAUCUCCUCCAUUGUGGACUGGUCAAGACGGACAGCAGUGGACGACACCCUCAUCUGCCCAUUUUUAACAAAGGAACAAUAUUUUUAAUACAAGUGAAUGGGGACUAUUGAUGCCACCUCAGCUGCUUUACUCACCACAGCAUUUUAAAACUGUUCUAAGCCCAAUGAUCAAGAGACAUUUGGUAUUUUCAAAAAUGUUUUAUCUGAUGUUUGCUGUAUUUUUAAAACCCACACAUGUAAAUAUUAAAAAUACUUUUAAGUGUCUUAACAUGUAUUUUUGUAGAUUUUGUUUUUUAAAAUAUAGCUAUGUGAAAGGUUACCCAAUUGGUCAGGGCUCUGCAAAAACAAAAAUACGCCAGUUAAUACUGAUGUUGUGGUUAGUUUUAAAAUACAUAAAUUUAUCUGCAGUUUUCUUACUUCACUGGUGCAUCAUUUUGCUUAAAAUUUGGAAGAAAAAAAAAAAUCAGGCCAAACUGUGACUAUAGAGUCUAGAGUUAAACUAUAGUCCAAUUAAGAUUCUUAUUCACAGUUCACUGCAUCUCAUCAAGGAUUAUCUGACUGUAUUAUUAGUAUUUUUUUCAAUGGUGUCUAUGAUAAACCAGUAUCUUUUGUAUUUAUAACGACCCAAUUUCAGUACCAUGUUUUCACCCAAAACCUUUAAAUAAACGGCUACCAAAUCAACAGGCCAAACUAGGCCGACUAAAAUCAAAGUGGGUAAAAAUCAAAGUGGAUAAUACUUUUCCAAUUUCUGGUUCUGGAAUUUCAAGAUUUUUGCAUUUUGUGGUUUUAUUCCUGCAGCUGAAGUGACAUCAAGAACUAUUUUUGGAAAUUUCUUUUGGAAUUUUGAAGAAUUUUAACUCAGACUUUUUCAAAUUUUUUCCCUUAAAAGCUCCAACGCUGUGAACCCUUUCAUUUAUUUUCACACAGAACUGUUUAUAACCAUAUUUUUAACAGUAUUUUAUCGUCGAUUUGUGAAAAAAGCAUUUAUUUCCUGUUAUUUUCUUUGUAUUUAGUUGAGGCUGUGAAGUUUAGACUCUUGCAGGGACUAGAUGCGUUUUUUUGAAUGUUUGGUAAAAUGUGUUUGUAAUAAUGGAGUGGAUGCAUGAUAUUGUGGUUUUAAUGUUUUGAUUUUUAUUUUCUUUUAGACUUUGUUACGGGCACUUUUACCUCUUGCUCGUCGAGCCUUAAUCACAAAUUUAAAUAUCAAAAUUUUAAUAAAAGUGCAAAAUAGGAACCACUGACAGACAACUCACAAAUGCCAUUGUUUCAAUUUAAUUUCUAUCUUUGCCUUAAAACAACCUGUUUAAGGUGCCGCAAAGAGAAUAUAUUUUAGUUUUUCCUUUAUCUUUGUCCAUUUCAGAGGGUUAGACAUAAAGGAACUUUACACAGCAUUCUUACUGUUUUCAAAAAGGUACUAAGUCUGCAGAUAGAGGACACAUACAAGUGUUCUCCGUAUAGGACAGGCCAGGGCUGUGAAAGAUCAGAACUCAGUGAGUGAACCUCCAGAAUUCACUCACUGAGCUGCAGAGGCUGCACUAGCACUGAUUCAUGAUUGGCUGCAGGUGCUGGGGUUUAGGUAGUGAUGAUGAAAUUCAGAGAGUCCUUUAAAAUUUUAAACCAACUGGAUUCAGCAACACAAAUGAGGGACUCGUGAGACUCAUUCUGCUUUCUAAUUGGAUAAUCAUCUUGAACCAAAACGCAAAGUUAUAACAUUAACAACUUGGCCACCGUGGCCAGUAUUUUUGUAAUUAAGAAUAAAUCAGCUUUAGAAAAUAACUAUAUUUAAUUUGAAUAUUAUAUCUGUGGACACAGAGAGGUGAUGUUUAUGAAAUGUAAAAUAUAAAUCUUGCAUAGCUAUUGCUCCACCGUCAAAUUACUAAAAGUUACUGCUACUUUUCAGUUUAAGUGGUAUUUGUCUCCUUUACAGCGACAUCUGGUGAUGAAAUUAGAGAUUGUAUUUUCAAAAGUUUGCUGCAGUUUUCCUUUAUGUCAUUUACAUGGACGUAUCAUAGAAUUUACACAAUUUAUUCUUUAUGAGCCCCCAUCCAUUUUGUUCUGCUUGUCUGGGGCCGGGUUGAGCGCUGUUACAAUUGUCAUAAGGGGCUUCUGAACUGCUCCGACCCGUCCCCCUAGGACCUGUUUACCAUGAGUGACUCUUAUCAGGGGCACAAAGCCCUGACAACAUAACUCCCAGGAUCACUGGAGCAUUGAAACCCCUCCACCAUGUCAAAGUGGCGGUAAAAGGAGGGGAUCUUUAUGAACAAUAGUCAUAAUUAUGUAGCCUUUAUAGUCAUCUUAACAUUAAAUUGAUACUCAUUUUAAUUAGUGAAUGAAUAUACCUGUGCUAAACUACACAACGCCCAACAUUGUUUGACGUUGUGGCUUUUUCAUAUAGUGGCAUUUUGGUUUAACUGAAUACAUUUGAUCAUUUCUAAUUUUACUCAUUGUCUUUACAAUUAUCCAUUGAUGGGUACGAUUUAAAGUAAUCAUACAAUUUCAUACCAUGUUCAGUUAAUAAUGAUUGAAUCUGGUGCAACUGUGGAACCAAAAUGGCCGCCGCUGUGUGUCGUCUGUCGGUGGCUCUGAGGUAAACCAGGCACUGUAUAAAUAGACACUCAGACUGACCCAGGAUCAGCUCAGAGGGAAACAAAUCUUUGUUAUCUAUUAAAUCUAUUAAGAUGUUGGUAACUCUGUGUUGUAGUUUUGGAGACUUUCUGACCCCAAGACCCCCAAACUACGCAGAUCUUCAACAGUGAUUAAUGCACUAAACCAUAUCCAACCUAAGACUAAGGCAGCGUUUACACUGCUGGGAUGGUCCCGGCUUAGUCCAGUGUAGACUUUGUUUGGUUCUGUUAUCUGGAUUUAGUCCCAGUUCAAUAAAAUACCAAUAAAGACUGUAAUUGGAUAAACACAAGAUAAGUUUAUUGCUAUAGAAAUAACAAUAACAUCUCCGUGGACACAAGCAAUGUGCCAGAAAAGUUACAUAGUACACCUUUAACUUUUGGUCUAAUUGCAAGUAUUUGUCAAUGUAAGAUAAAGCAACUCAGAAAAAAAUACCUUCUUUACCAAUUCUUCAAUCAAUUAAUAAAAAUGUAUAACCAUUUGUUCAGUUGUCCUUUAGGAGCUGAUCCCAGGUCAGUUUAAAUGCUUAAAUUCAACACUCACUAUCUGGACUGUUAUCUUUUGCUUUCUAUAAUGGUAAAAAAAAAAUUGAAUAAAAAUGCACCUACUGUUUAUUAAAAGCACAUAGAGAUUUAACUCAAGGCUGUAGUCUCAUCUUUAGGAUGUCAAAACUUUACUUUUUUGACAAAUGCAGACGAUGGAGCGGGCUUCUUCUGACUGAAGCAUGUUAACAGGGCCGCUUCAAAGCCAAACUGUAAAAAUGAAUUCAAAUCAGUCACGAAAUGUGGAUGUAAUUAAGAAAAAGAAAACUCCAUAAAAAAUAUAAUGGGAAAACAUGACCAUUUUUGCUGUUUUAUUUUUUUUUAACAUUCACAACAGGACAUGCACAUAGAGGACUAGUUUUUCCUCAUUCUCAGUUUAUGGACCGGCCUCAUGUGAAGCUCAGGACCUCCAGAAUUCACUCACUGAGCUGCAGAGGCUGCACUGGCAUUAGUCUAGGUAGUGAUGAUUCAGAUCUUUUAGGAUUAAGGUGGAUUUCAACAAUGAAACUGGCAACCUAAAUGCGAGGCUCGUGUGAAGUUCAUUCUGCUUUCUGAUUGGAUAAUACUCUAAAUUCUACUGUGAGUAAAUGUUACCAAUAUCAUUUUUUUGGUCCACAUUGUGUUAGCGAUUACAGAUGGGUUCAGUUUAGGAAAUCUACUAAAUCUAUACAGUUUGUUUAAUUCUUUUUGACUCAUUGGACGCUCCUUUUAACUUAAUAUCUCCACAUUUGGUGACUCUGCAAAAAUGAAUUGAUUACAUCCGUUUAAUCAACUUAAAUUCAGAAGUUGUUUUGAAAAGUCAACACUUACACAGCAUCAAAACACGAUUUAACAAUUCAAAACAAUAUUCUGAAUAAGUCUUUAUGUUAUUUGAACAUUUUUACAGUGCAUACCCAUUUCCCAUCAGCCCCUUCCUGCUUCCACAUAAAAAGCACAUCUUUCUAUAGAGAUAUAUGCAUUUGAAGGCCAAUUUUUCAUUUUUGUAACCUGUCGAUACGAAAAAAUAUUACAAAUCCAUGUACAUAUUUGUAAAUACUGAAAUCAGAGUAAAUGUACGGUCGAGGUCUAUUUUUAACGCUGACAAAUGUGAAAUUUUCAUUCAAAUUUUCCCUUUUAAAAGUGUUCAUUGUGUUUUGGUUUAUGAAAUACUGAAUAAUAAUAAUAAUAAUAAUAAUUGGUUUGUAGUUUGAUUCCUGUGUUGUGCAAAGCCGUGUUGCAUGGAAAGUCUUUUCUGUGACGUGGGUGGAGCAUGUCCCUAAGUUUCCCCUCAAAAAAAAAAAAAAAGAUCAUUACAUUUUAACUUUUUAUAAAUUAAAUAAGAGAACAUGUUUUAAAACUGCUACGUUCUGCUGUGUUCAAA